AUGGAGACAUUGGAUUGCCUGUCCAAAGUCGCGCCAGACUGGGUCAAGCGACUCGACGAACUCACCGGCCAGAUCGAACAACGCCAGCUGGAUCUGGCCAAUCUGGCCAAGCUCGAAGGCAGAAAGUCGAGUUCGCCUGCCCGCUCCAUUCGCAACAAAGGCUCGACCGAGUCGCUCAAGCCAAAGAACGAUGGCAACGCCUUCUUCAGCCCAGAGGACCCUCAGCCAGAACAACCACGUAAUGGCGCCGUGCCCAACACAAAACAACCGCCACAGAGUUCGUCGCGGCGACGCUCGAGCCCAGAUAGUGGACCAAAGACACCCUCCUUCAUUCAGCGCCAGACCGAAGAAGUCGCCGCAACUGCGCAACGACGGGCGCGCGCGGUACUGCGAAAGCGCCAGAAGACCGACUCCAUGAUCAGUGCCGAGGGCGUAGUGCCCACUUAUAGGUCGAGGAGUAUGAUUAUUGUAUACUACGACAGCUUUGUCCAGUCAUUUUUCGAAGAACUCGUCAAGUUUGUAUCUGCGCAGAGAAACCACUUGCGGCGAGCCAAGAUGGCCGCCAAGGUCGCAGAGAUUAAGCGACUGGCCGAGCUCGAGAUGCCCGAUGACGAUGAUGAUGAUGACAACGACGACGACGGCAGUACACUGCAGCCUGGCGACGGCUUGAUAGCAGCAGAUCCUACCAUUACUGCCAAGCCAGCGAGGAGUGACCCGAGGUUGCAUUAUAUGAGCACGCGCACCAUGGGACCAACUUUUCGUUCUCCAAAUACAAAUUAUGGGCAAGAUCGGUCAGCUCUAACGGCCAGUGGGCCCGGAAUAAUCAAUCGCGCAAUGAGCGCCGGCGAUCAAGGACCUACCGACAUUUUUGACGAGCUCGACAGAUCCUUGGAAUUUGUUCAGAGCAUGUGCGAACGGGCGGCGCAUCAGUUUCUCCGCGACGGCGACUGUUCCGAGGAGAUAAGCAAGAUCAAGAAGCGGCUAGAAGAGGCCAGGAGAAGCGCACAGCAGGAAAUGGAUCGACUGGAGAAAGAGAACCCAGAUGCCUUGAAGACUGAGCCGCCAAACCCCCGUAGCUACCGUCCUUCAACCAUGCGGAGGGACCAUGGUGCGUCACUCCCUGCUAAAAGGGUUCUAAAAGUGGACAUUGACGAAGGCGUUGAAGACAUGUGA